CCGCCCCGUCGCGUAGAUUCCUUUUUCCUGUAUCUGUUUUUCCCCAUUCCAAUUUCCACAUACGUCUCCUCCAGUUCGUUUUCGUUCUCAAGAUCAAAGCCCUUUCGUAGCCUUCCCGACUCCUCGUUGAAACCUCCUUGACUACAAUAACAGAUCGACCAUAUCCUUCGAUAAAGAAUCUCAGGAAGAAUGGAGUCCAGCAGAGGUAAUGGAAUUCAACUCCUUCUAGCUGCAGAGCAAGAAGCUCAGCACAUUGUCAAUGCUGCAAGAAACGCGAAAUUGGCUAGGCUGAAACAAGCCAAGGAUGAGGCUGAAAGGGAAGCUACAGAGUUCCGUGCCCAAAUGGAAGCUCAAUAUCAGAAAAAGCUGACAGAGACCAGUGGCGACUCUGGCGCUAAUGUAAAGCGGUUGGAGCAAGAAACCGAGGUGAAGAUCGGUCACCUGAAGUCAGAUGGUUCUAGAAUCUCUCACGAUGUUAUAGACAUGCUGCUGAGGCAGGUUACCACGGUUAAGAACUAGAAGGAUAUUUGAGUGAUCGAUAAUCUGGUUGGACAGAUUGUUUCUAGAGAGAGAGAUGAGCAUUGUGAUAUGUAAUAUGUUGAAGGAGAGAUAUUGGAAGUUGAUACUUGGUAUGUAUGUGAUUUGCAUUCGAACCUACAUGAUUUUAUCUCGCUGUACUAUUUGAUCAUGUCCGUUUCUGUGGUGUUGAAUAAAAUUUCCCCGUUUUAAA